GAACAGCUGACUCCGAAUGUUUAAAUUUAUAUGCAUUUAUAUUUUUUCUUAAAAUGUCUUUAGAAGUUUUGAAACAAGGUGCGGAAGGACGCCUUUACAUUGAUGAAUUUAAAGGGGAAAAAUGUUUAGUAAAAGAACGUUUCGUUAAACGCUACCGACAUGUAGCCUUGGAUUCUCAAAUUACACGUCAACGGAUUAAAGCGGAAACCAAAGCUGUAACUCGAUGCAGAAACGCAGGAAUAUUGGCCCCAAGAAUUCUGCACACAGAUUUAAAUGAACGUAAAAUUUAUAUGGAAUAUUUUAAACACGCUAUUACCGCUAAAGAAUAUAUUCAACGCGUUGUCGUUGAACAAUUGCCAGAAACCACUGAACAACUUCUAAAAAAGCUUUGUGCAGAAAUAGGGGCCAUUAUUGGGCAGCUACACGCAAACAACAUAAUUCAUGGAGAUCUUACAACUUCCAAUAUCCUUAUUAAUCCCAAGGAGGAACAGCAUGAUUUUAAUAAGCAUGAAGUUGUAUUUAUUGAUUUUGGACUAAGCCAUUACAAUCAAGGUGCUGAAGAUAAAGGUGUUGAUUUGUAUGUUCUUGAAAGAGCACUUCUCAGUACUCAUAGUGAGCAGCCGUACUUAUUUGAACAUAUUCUGGAAGCAUACCGUAAAAAAUGUGGGGAAGAUGAGAAUGUCGUGGUGGCAAAAUUUGAAGAGGUACGAGCUCGUGGACGAAAACGUACCAUGGUUGGGUAACUCGCUUAAUAUAAAUAAUAUUAGACCUGCCCAGCGUGUGUUACUACAGUUGAAAUUAUUGGUUGUGUAAUGGCUCGGGUUUGAUUUUUGUAAUUAAAGUCAUUUCUAGAUCAUAUAAAAACGAAUCUGGCAAGAAAGAUUGUGGUUUCAAAGAUUUUGUCAAAGAUUGUCUCAUUUUGUAAGCAUAUGUAAUAAAUCUGAAUUGAAAUGAUAGAGAAAUUAA